AAACGGAUCUGGAGGGAUCGUGAGAGCACUGUCCUCAACUACAGAAACACAGCUAUGUCUGUUUGCGAAUGCACGACUUGAAGCAUUGUUGGCGCCUGUCGGAAUCGAUCAUUCUUACCGUGGAGCAUGUCGGAGCAGAAUACAUCAUUGAUACCAGCGACAGAUAGACGCCAACAUGCUACACCCAGUGGAAAAUUGUCUCGGAAGCGGGCACGGGAAGAAACAGAUGAGAUAGAAGUCGACAGACGGCCUUUUUCAAUACGCCCGGACGCCGAACAUCCUUUUUCCAAGUCACGCACUUUCAUACCGCUAGCUUUGCUUCCCAGGUCAAAAAUAUCCUUUACUUGCCUGGAGACGAUUCAAGGCGGGAGCAGUCUAUUCGCGGCAGACAUUCCCAUUCUUGAGUCGAGCGACGAGUACGACGAAGACCUCCGAGUUCUGGUCGUGCAUGAAGAGACGGAACGGAGACAUUAUCUGGUCGAACGUGUUCAAAAACGGAGAUAUGCACUCUGCCGUCUGGCUUCUUGGUUCCGCGUGGAGGAUUUCGUAAAGCUGGAAAAGCCUUGCGACGAGUUGUACGUACAGAGCAAACGUGUUGCGCGGGAUGUACCUCAAUGUGGCGGAGCAUGGUGGGCUAAAGCGUCUGUGUCCGUCGAGCCCCCGGUAGGCUGCGCUGCCUCAGCCAAGCCGCCCAAAGAUGCGACAAACGAGGCCAAGACAGUCUGGCAGGCGAACGCCUCUCCUGCCGUUGGAAAUUGUGCCGUACCAGACAACCAAGAUUCGUUGGAACAGUCAGCUUUCCGAGUCGAAGCAAACCCGGAGGCGGAUGAGGAGGCCUCGAAGCUGGAUGUAGACCGCACUCAGAACCCGCUGGAGGAAUUGACAAGGCAGUAUCUCGACGCAUUGUACCUUUCAAGAACAUCGCUGGCGUAUUUCAGCAAAGGUCCAAUGGCGCGAGCGAGAGCAGCAUUUUCCGGAACCACAGAUUCGAGCGGACCUGUCACGGAUCUAAUAAUUUUCUUGCGGGGCGCAAUCCUAUCAUCAGACGUAAUGGACAAGAAGUACCGUGAACACAUUGCAGACCUGAUCAAAGAAGUGUCGCCAGAUGGUACUGCUGAUGUGAAAUCGAAACCGUCGAAGAAGAGGAAAUGGAAGGCAAAGCGAGACAAAUUAGGAUUCUUCACAAUUGAAAGGGAAAACGCCGAAAAAUGGUGGAAGGUGAUCGACGAGCAGAUGAGUCCCACUCAAGAUCAAGACACACAUCUACACAAACACACGUCGCGCUUGCGGAACCGCGAGAUGUUUCUCCAGAUUAUGCUCAUCUUAGAGAUCCUGGCUCUUGAAUCGACUGCAUCGUUGGAGAAAGGUUCCGAUGAUCCGCAGACGAAAGAAUAUGGGGAGCAAGGUGAUGCGAAGCGCAAGAAGAAAAAAGAGACGGACAUCGGUGCCGUGCUCGAGUCUCUUCUAGAUCGGCUGUGCAUUUGGUAUUCCCUGGCAUCCAGCACGCCAUCCAAACCAGAAGCAGGGAGCACUGGAAAGAAGCAUGAUCCCAGUGACGAGAUGCGCGGCUUCUGCACUGAAAUCAUCAUUCCCUUCUACAUGUCCAGGAUCCCGCAACAAGCGUCCAUGGUGAGCAAGCGUCUUGGGGGACCGAGAGGUCCCACAGUACUGGGCCGGAAGUCCUCAGAUGGCCCGAACAAGCCGGGAGAGCCUGCGUCUCGCAAGGUGCCUGAGAAGAAGCCUAGAAAGCCUCUGACCAGGGUAUCGACUGAUACGCUCAACCAGGUCGGCAGGCAAGUGCCGUUGCUGCAGCGAUCAGCCACCGAUUUAGAGCCUCCGAUCAAGCGUGAACGCAGCGAGACCCCUCGAUUGAUGGCUGAUGUCCCACCUGCAAGGUCACGAAAACAUGCACCUGGUCCCGUAUCGACAAAGCGUGCGAGCUUGCUGCAUGAAGUCAGCUUCAGCAAGCGCGAAGUCGAUCUCUCUGCUAUGUCGCAGGCAAGUGAGGCCAAAGUGCGCAAGAAAGCUGAAGUUGAGCAGAAAUUGCGGGAUGCCAUCAGCACACUCAAGAAGCCCAAUAGAGCGUUGGCCAUCGAGGAGGUUGCCAAAAGCACCGACGAGAGCUUUGCGAAGGCGAUUGCCAAGUCGAGACCGAGCGUUGGUCAGCGCAAGGCAUCUGAAAGAACGAACCAAAUCAUGAUCACGGCUACUCCUAGGCAUACUAAGUCCUUCUCCUCUCGACGCCAACGUAUGCAAGCCGAAGAAAGUUCUUUGGAGCAUUCGGAGCCAACGCCUGCUGUGCCAUCGUCUUCUGCUCGGCUCAAAGCUGGCAUCUUUCAGAUACCUGGUAGCACUCCAGCGGUGCCGCAAACAGGUCACCGGUCGAGGACCGUCGUGGAUGUCGCUGACACGCCAUCCAGAGGCUUUGCUAAAUUUAUGCCAAUGGGACUUGCACGACCACCAGGUACCCUGCUGGAAUCGCCAACGGCAAUGCGAAGCGCGCCGGUCGACCAAACACCGAUACGCUGUCGGAAAAUGCCCAUGCUGUUGGCGACCCCCGCAGCCAGAUACUCACUGUCUCAUCGCCGCCCUGACGAGAGCCAGGAAGAAGAAGAAGCAGCUCAUGAAGACUCGGCAUCAGACGUACCCGCGGAAUCAACUUCUCAGUCUAGAGAGCUGCAUAUGGUUGGACGCGAGCGUGGUUCGAAUACGAUUUAUGAUGCGUUGGGUUGGGAUGACUCUUACGAAGAUCUCUUAUGAUGUGAUUGAUCCAUUGUCGGAUUAUGCGGAAUGUCGGGCCAUGCAUUCUACGAUGUUGCAAGAAGCUCAAUAAUUCAUGUCAAGUUUCCGUGAUGACGGGUUGUGCUUUACUUAUAUUAUUGAUUGGUAAAAGGACUGUUGCAUGACAAGCAUGAAGAAACGAAUCAAACUCGGGUUAUUGCAGUU